AUGCAGAUGAUGUUAAACUCAACUCUUGCUCCAUAUUUGAUUCUGGGGGCUUACUUUGAUACCAAGCAGUUAAAGUACUUAUUGUUCCUGAUUGUCUUGUGUAUGUAUAUUUUAAUAGUUGGUUCUAAUGUUCUGCUCAGUGUGGUUAUCGGGUUUAACAGGAGCUUACAUGAACCCAUGUAUGUCUUUCUGUGUGUCCUGUGUGCCAAUCAGCUGUUUGGCAGCACCAGCCUCUUCCCCUUCCUGUUGCUCCAGAUCCUCUCUGAUGUUCACACCGUUUCUGUCCCAUUCUGUUUCCUACAGGUUUACUGUCUUCACACCUACCUGAGCGUAGAGUUUUUUAACCUGACGGUCAUGUCUUAUGACAGAUACCUGGCCAUCUGUUAUCCUCUGCAGUAUCACUCCCUGAUGACAGUGAGGAAAGUUGCAGCUCUCAUUGCUGCUGAAAGUCUAACUGCCUUUUUCGGAGUCAGCAUUUACACCUCCAUGAGUUUCUCUCUGCACCGCUGUAGAAACGUAAUCGAUAAAGUCUUCUGCAAUAACUACUCCAUUGUUCAGCUGACCUGCUCAGACACAACAAGCAAUAAUAUUUAUGGACUUGUGAGCACUGUUGUUGGAGUGGUUUGUCCGGUGAUUUUUAUUUUCUACACUUACAUGAAGAUCCUUAAAGUGUGUUACUAUGGAUCCAAACAAACCCAGCAGAAAGCUGUCAGUACCUGCACACCUCACCUGGCCUCCAUCAUUAACUUCUUCUUUGGAGUUUGUUUUGAUAUUUUACAAAGCAGGUUUAAUACAAACCAUCUUCCAAAUAUUGUAAAAAUAUUCUUGUCCCUGUACUUUCUGACGUGUCAGCCGCUGUUGAACCCUGUGAUGUACGGACUCAACCUGUCCAAAGUACAGCAAGCCUGGAAGAAACUUUUUUCUGUCCAGGGGAGGUAA